AUGACACCUUACUCCCUUCGACUGGUUGUCGCGGCUUCGGUCUCGCAAUCGAUUGCUAUACUCUUAACCAUCUUCAGGCUUGUUUACAGAGGUUGGACGCGUCAAUUGUGGUGGGAAGAUGCAUGGGCGGCGUUGGCGUUGGUGUCAGACGGUGUUUGUCUAGCAUGGAUCUGGGUUCGUACUACGAAAAGGUUACCUGCCUGGACCUUCGCUGCGGCUUUCACCUCCGUCGUGUGGACUGCGCGCAUGAGCAUCAUUUUCUCCAUCAUCCGAAUCGCCAACCCCUCAGGUGACAAGGUCCACAAACGGAUCACCUACCUCAUUGCAGUAUCCUUCGUGUGCAUGUGGGCCGCGCUAGUCGCGUACAAAAUCACCAUGUGCACAAACUACUCGUGCCGGAUGACCCGGACAAUAGCGCUCUUGCAACUGACCACGGACAUCGCCGGUGAUUUCCCCCUCAUCGUUGCACCGCUGCAGUUCUGGAAAAAUGCGGGGCUCUCUCGCAACAACACAAUAUUGAUCAUGUCUGUUUUCGGCUCAUCGAUUCUGAUCACCAUCGUUACAAUCCCGCACUCGAUAAUGCUCUUCCAUUCCGUCACAGAAACAACGCUCAUCAUGUCAAAACGUGACGGAAAUCAGGCCGCCCUCAGUCUCGUCGUCUGCAACGUCCUGGUGAUAGUCACCUUGGCAUAUCGCGUGUUCUGGAAGGAAAGACUUGAACUCGACCAGUCGUUCACGUCUCCUGGGAUUUUCUCGAGCGUCAUCGUGACACAAUUCCCGUCCGACACGAACUCCAGGACAUCACCCUCUGUCCAAGAGGAGACAAACCAAGAUAAAUAA